CCCCCUACUCUUGGGGUCAAAACCCGUGAAUAACAAUUGCGGGGUGGGAACUACCGAAGAAAGCCAUAACUUAUAACUCUUGUUUCUUUUACCAUGUCUCCAUGUACUAAAAUCAUUGAAGAGGUCAACUUGAAUGGAUGUAAACCACUAACUUUCUUGAAUUUAUAAAUUUACUCAGCCUAGUAAUUUAUCAUAAUCUAGAUAUCUAGAUUCUAGAUCUAGAUCUAGAUCAGAUUCUACAUUGUUAUGUAAGUUUUUUGAGUGAAAGGUUUUUUUCGUUCUUUUUUAUUUUCACAAUUUAUUUGAUCGCUUGCAGCUUAAAAUAUUUAUUCUUUAAGUAUGAUCUUAUGAUAAAACAGUCGCGUUCCUGUCUGUAGCGCUUGGAAAAGUAUAUACGGUUCAGUAGAUUCGCCCUUUUUUAUUAUCUCCCAGCUGCAAGCAGAAAAAGUACCCAAGACCCCAAGACUAGAUUAAAAAGUACCACGAAAAUAGAACAGGCCUGUUUCGAAGCAGGGUUAGCACUAGCAGAGACAGGCAGCGCAGGAAUAGGACUUAUUGUGACAAGUCAAGUGACUGAAUUUUAACCGAUAAGACACUUGAAGAUGGCUGAGAAGCAUCGCUCUCCUCAGAAAGAAAGCGAGACGAAGACUGAGAAUGGUGAUAUAGGCAGACGUUUGUUUGUAAUGCGACACGGAGAACGUUGUGAUUUUGCUUUUGGAAGAUCAUGGGUGAAUCGAUGUUUUGAUGACAAAGGAAAUUACACCCAAAGUGAUCUGAACCUGCCCCCUGCAAUGGUGCCACGAGCUUCUCACAAACAAUUUCUGAAGGAUUCCCCUUUGACAGAAAUAGGAAGAUUUCAAGCUAGAUCCACCGGGGAUGCACUUCAGCGUGCCGGAGUGGACAUUCAGCACAUAUACGUAUCGCCAUCUUUAAGAUGCGUUCAAACUGCACAGCAUGUCAUAGAAGGUAUGGGAAAUAAUGCCACGAUGUGCAUUGAACCAACUGCAUUUGAAUGGUUUGGAUGGUACAAAAAUGCAAUGCCCAACUGGUUGUCUCCAAAGCAUCUGGCUGAUUGUGGCUUCAACAUCAAUGUACAGCACAAACCAUUUGUCUCAGUCGAUGAUCUUCACCUUGAUGAAACAGUGACUGACUACUAUGAGAGAUGUCACAAGUUGGCCCAGAAGGUUCUGAAAAAACAUGAAGCGGAAGGUGGAGACAUUCUGAUAGUCGCCCAUGCUGGGAGCCUUGACACGUUCACCCGCCGUCUUCUUGGAAAAUCUCCGAGAAAUUCCCAAGAGAUGCACCAGAUUUUGUCCAGCUUCACGUACUGCAGCUUCUGUUGCUGUGUGGAAAACAGCAAGACGGGCAAGUGGGCGCUUGGCCAGCCUCCUAUACCUCCGCUACACGAGUUUAACUGGAAGGUCUUGUUGUGAUGGCCGUAGUUCACUGGCUGUGAUGAUAUUUUUACUCCCCUGGUGGUGUUGUAGAAGAGAAGCACCUAAUAUAUUAUAUAUAUAUAUAUAUAUUUU